CGCGUCAGACGCGGCCGCGUCACCUGCGCUUUUCGUCGUUCUCCUUCUUCACCAUGGAUGAAAUCGGUAUUGAGCUUCAGAAACAUGAACCCACUUUCGAGUCGGUCGUGACCGAGAAAACGGCACUCUACCAGGAACUGCAAGAAGAGGAUCUCUACACAAAGUACAAGAAACUCUCUCGACAUUUAGAACUUCUGGAGAUACAGGAGAGCUACAUCAAGGAUGAGCAGGCCAACUUGAAGCGGGAGCUCAUCCGUGCCCAGGAAGAGGUCAAACGCAUACAAUCCGUCCCCCUCGUCAUCGGCCAGUUCCUUGAACCCAUCGACCAGCACACUGGAAUCGUAGGUUCAACAACAGGCUCAAAUUACGUUGUUCGUAUUCUAUCGACUCUUGACAGGGAACUGUUAAAACCAUCAUCAUCUGUCGCUCUCCACCGUCAUUCCAACGCUCUUGUCGACAUCCUUCCUCCAGAAGCCGACUCUUCGAUAUCAAUGUUGAGCAAGGAGGAGAAACCGGAUGUUGCGUAUCAAGAUGUCGGUGGAAUGGACUCUCAGAAGCAGGAGAUCAGAGAGGCGGUGGAGUUGCCAUUGACACACUUCGACCUUUACAAGAAGAUAGGUAUCGACCCACCUCGAGGGGUUCUUCUCUAUGGUCCGCCAGGUACCGGGAAGACGAUGCUGGUAAAAGCCGUUGCGCACCAUACCACGGCCUCUUUCAUCCGGGUGGUAGGGAGCGAGUUUGUGCAAAAAUAUUUGGGUGAAGGUCCUCGAAUGGUUCGCGAUGUCUUCCGUCUAGCUCGCGAGAACUCCCCAGCCAUUAUCUUCAUCGACGAAAUUGACGCCAUCGCUACAAAGCGGUUUGACGCGCAGACCGGUGCAGAUCGUGAAGUGCAGCGUAUCCUAUUGGAGCUUCUAAACCAAAUGGACGGUUUCGACCAGGGGAGCAACGUUAAGGUUAUUAUGGCCACUAACCGUGCAGAUACGUUGGAUCCUGCCUUAUUACGGCCAGGUCGUCUGGACCGUAAGAUAGAGUUCCCGCUACCGUCGAGGCGGGAAAAGCGUCUUAUUUUCCAGACUGUGACGAGCAAGAUGAACCUGGGUCCAGAUGUCGACUUGGAAGACUGUCCGUUGAUUCCAUUCUUUCAUCAGGAUCGCUGCUCAUGCGCUUUGGUAGACGUUUCUCGCCCAGACCGAAUUUCCUCUGCCGAGAUAUCAUCAAUCGUUCAAGCUGCAGGUUUACAAGCUGUAAGGAAGAAUCGCUAUGUCAUUCUGCCCAUCGAUUUCGAAGAAGCAUGGAAGCAAACUGUCAAGAGAUCCGACGAAACGCACGAAUUCUACCGGUGAUGCUUCCAUCGACCAUUGUUUGUGCAAACACAAUAUGUUUUUCAUGAUCAAAGAUGUAGAUAUCUUCAACAUCCGAUGCAAUUCUGAGUUUAUUCACGUCUCAUUGGACUUGGCUCUUGUCUUCACAUUCACUUCCCAGUUGCUGCGCGAUAUAUGGUCGACCCCCUUUUAACAGACAUACAACAUGACACCUUUGAGGAAGCAAGUUAUUGUCAAUAAUGGCUUGAGAUCUCGGCCAUGUGUCCGCAUGUCCUAUAUGACUGAGAUG